UUAAAGCGCGCGCAUCACGCAGACACCAUGGCGGAGGAGCCGCAGCGCGGGGACGCACACCAGCAACCGGAGUAUGUGAGCAGACAGAGGGAGGCAGAUAAAGAGCCAGAGGGGGAAGGAAAGAGAGAGGGAGAGGCAUCCGGAGAGACUUUCACCAUGGAGCAGGAGAUGAAGAUCAGCGACGUGGAGGAUAAAGAUCUUCUAGAAAGCAGUCUGCGUCUGAAACCCCAUGAGGCUCAAAGUUAUCGGAAGAAGGCGUUAUGGGUAUCCUGGGUGUCCAUCGUGGUGACGCUGAUCCUUGCCAUUGCUGCGUUCACUGUUUCCGCAAUGAGAAGCAGUGCCUCGGCGUUUGGCUUUGCUUUUGACGCCACACUAGAUGUGCUGAGCUCCAUCAUUGUGCUGUGGCGUUACAGCAACGCAGCAGCCGUGCACUCUGCCCACAGAGAGUACAUAGCUUGUGUGGUUUUGGGGGUGGUGUUUAUCCUGUCUGCUCUAACCAUCCUGAUUAAGGCCAUCCAUGCUCUUGCUACCAAAGUGCUCCCUGAAGUGGACGACUUCCUCUACAGCGUUUCGGUGCUCAGCGGCCUAGUGUGCACAAUUCUGGCUGUGAUAAAGUGCAUGCUGGGUAAAGUGCUCACUAGCAGGGCACUCAUCACUGACGGCUUUAAUUCAUUGGUGGGUGGAGUUAUGGGUUUCUCCAUCCUCAUCAGCGCUGAAGUGUUUAAGCACAACCCGAAGGUUUGGUAUUUGGACGGCGCCAUUGGUGUGCUGAUUGGACUCAUUAUCCUCGCUUAUGGCAUCAAGCUGCUGAUUGACAUGGUCCCUCGAGUGAGACAGACCAGACACUACGAGCGCUUCGAGUAGGAUCAACAGUGCACAGUGGAGACUGGACUCUAUCUGCAUACACCCACACACAUUGAAGAGACUCUUGCAAAGAAGGGAAACACUCACCCACGCACAAGCACUCCCAUAGAUAUAAUAAACACACACACACACACACAGAAUGCACAAUGCGUCACAGCAACCUGGCAUCGUCUCCAACAUCACCCCUGCUCUGUGAAGAUGAAGUAGAACAAGAACAAAAGUCCUGAAGAUAUGAAAUUGGGUCAGAGGAAGCAUUCUUCAUGGGUGUGUCUAGCCCAAGUGUGGCAAAUCUACUGCAGCUGAUCUUGACAUUUAAACAAGACAAUACCAAGCAUAUAUAUGUGUGUGUGUGUGUGUGUGUGUGUGUGUAUGACAAAGCUUCUUGCAGUGAAACACCUGCUCUUAUAAACUCAUUGCCUGUGGCUGGGAGCAUCAUAGACUGGAGGGUAUGGAGAGAAAUGAAAAGAGAAAGAAAGCAAGAUGGUAUCUUGGACAUAAAACUAUAUUUAGCAUUCAUUCAUCUUCAGCAGGAUCCUUGUGUGCACCUCGAGCGACACAUGAAAGAGCAGCUGCCAUGCUGUUCCCGUAAUUCGAAUCCAGCCUCAUCUGGACAUUCUUCUUCCUUAAAUGUGAUUACAGGGCGUGGAUUUCUUUGCCAGGUGGAUGUCUACCUCUUUACAAGUCCACCAGGUGCAAACUGAUGACACAAAUGAACAGACAUAAAGAAUCAAAAGUAGAACAGAAAAAUGUAAUUGAACCAACAACAGGUACAAGAAGCACACUCAUACACAGCUGUCCAAAGUGGAACAUCUGAGAGCACAGAAAGGUUAGCACAACAUCUUAAUAGUGUACAUAACACGCUCAUAUAGCUACAAUUAGUUACAACUACAUUUGUUCUGAAGGUCAAAGUUUAAUUUUUAAUACUUAUCCAAUGUUCAUUGUAGAUUUAUCGGUAGUAGUAAACAUUCAAAUUUGAUAAAUAUGCUACGUAAUUAAUGUAAGUGAUCUAAAUUAGUUAAUAAUUUGCUGAUGUUAGGUGACGUGGCUGGCGUACACAUUAGAACAGUGCAGUUAUGUUACAUUCGAUUAUUUCAAAGCGAGAUAUCUUCUGAUGCAUUUCAAGUAUAUUUAGAGAGUAAUGUGAAAGAGUAUAUGAACCAGCUCUGGUUUCAGGACACACAUCCACAAUUUAGUGAAAAAAAAAAAUCGUUUGGUAUCUUACUAUGUGAUGUCAGUUUUGAGGAAAUUAGUGAAGUAUCUUGAGAAAAUGUCUUACUAGUGAAUAAUGUGCUGGUCAAGUCACAAUGGUACAAAGUUAUAAAUGUACAUACAGUACUUCCCUUUAUUAUUAUUUUUUAAAAUUGUAUGCACAUAACAUUUGUUUUGUUUCAUGAGUAUUAACCCGUCAGACUCCCAUGAUCAGACCUACAUUCCUCUCUAAAACUACAGACUCAAUUAUUAAUCCUUCUUUUAAAACACUGUAUUACAAAGCGGCUUGGAGGAAAUCUGGAUUGUAAAAUAGAUCCAGGCUUGAAAUGGAAGCCAUCCUCUUUGGGGGCGAUACCAAAUUGUGGGAUUGUAAAUCAUUAUAUUUAUACAGGUUUACAAGACUAAACUAAAAAAAAAAAAAAAGAUAAAAAAAAGUGUUCAGGAUGAGUAUAAUAUUGCUGGGUUUCAUGUGAUGUCACAUCUGCCUCAUUAGUUAUUCAAAACUUUAGCUGGUGGUCUACCAAGGCUCAGUUGACAAAGCGUUUGUACAGAGAAGGUGUAUUACUCGCAUGAAAAAUGCCUUACACUUGUGUUGUUCUAAGUUGUUCGAAUCAAUCAAACCAUGAAACUGAUCAAAGUUUCUUCAGGGUUCCCCGUGAACUAAUUUAAAAAAAAAAAAAAGGGUGAAUGAACACAGGAUUUCACAAAAAGACAUCGAAAAAGGUGGCUUUUGAAGUUGCCCAUUUCUACCACCCACAGUUUACUAUGACCUGGAUGAUUGAGAAUCUUCACAGACAUCUCUGAAAUUGAAGAGAUCCGAGUCGAAGCAUGUUCGGGUUUGCAGUGAUCACUUGGUGAAAGGUUUGUAUUUCCCUCUCAGCUCUGUCCUUAGUGUUUUCCAAGUACUUUACUUGCUAUGUGUUGUUAUUUUACGGGACUUUUUUUUAGUCACAAAACGCUAAAGUCCCCAGCUGUUUCUGUUUCCUCCUCACAAAGUCCAUAUGCAUGAAGGUCACGACAAAAUUCUUCCCCAGCCAUACAGUUACAAUGCACCGUGAUCACUUCUCCGUCUUGUUUAACUAAGAUCCAGGUCUUUAAAGGGGUUUCUGAUGAUCUUUGUGAAUGAUUUACCUGAGAGAUAAGCGCCAACACAAGUGAGAAUCAAGCCAACUGUUGUUUACAUUUCAACUUGCAGCGCUUCGUUGUAAAGACGCAAACGAAAAGCUUAAAAAAAACCCAACAUACUUACAUGGGCAAAAACAACACAGGAUUCAUUCGGCAGCGACUUGACACCGAGGUCCUUUACCCAGUCACAUGCAAAAAAGUUGUAAGCCUCCAUACUCAUCCGCACUUUCAUCUGUUUUGCGGUGUAGAAGGACGUCUGCAACACCAGAUAGUUCGAAAUGUCGGGGAACUCGACUGAAGGGUAGUUUUUGAGAUCACAUGACAAAUCCUUCUUUCCCAGACUGUCAGGGUCGAUUCUGUUGCACAGAGCAAUCUUCUGAAUAUAUCUAAAGCCAGCAGUGGCUUCUAGAUUAUGAGCGUACUCUGAUAAAGUUAUCGCGAGUUGUUUGCACUACAGCAGCUGUUUAGACCACCAGCUAUUUCACUUCCGGUAAAACCGCUAAGAAAAGUCACGUGACUGAAACCCAGCAAUUGUGAAAAAGCAUCCUGGGAUGAGCACUGGACGAGUCUUUCUGAUUACAGCAGCAGUUCUUCAAGUAUCCAAGUGCGCAAAGGUGAAUCAUGGGCAUCCACUAUUUUUUUUUAAACUAAUAAGCAGAGAUGUGAAGGGGUUAAUCUUUUUUUUUGCCACGACUUUCAAUUUUUCUGCUCAUUUUAUUUCAAGUAGCAUUCACUUUUCCAGUGACAGCUAGUUUUAGCUAGAAGUAUUGUAUCACAUAUACAGUGUGUAAUUCUGGCUAGCCCAGCUUACGUAUGUAGCACUGACAUUUCACAGACGGUAUAGAGUUUUACUGAAGAUAACAUUGUUUUAUUUAUUGUUAAUUCGCUUAGAUAAUUAAAGCUAGUGGCUAGUGUUAAGCUAAAUGUAACAGGUGGAACACAUGUUCCCAUGUCUUUUUUUUUUGAAAGACUUUUAUGAAGGAUAAAAUUGUUUAUUUAAUUAUCUCUCACUUGGUUAUUUC